AUGACAGAAGGCGAUCAGCCUCGGAAGCCUCAGACAGCAGGAUCUAAAGCCGAGAGAUUGGCUUCAAUUAAAACACCUCGCAUUCCCAUUGCGUCUGGAUCUUCUGUUUCUGGAGAUGCGUCGACCAACCCGCCUUCAGGAUCUACUGAUUCAAAGCCAGCUGGACCCAAGUUUGCACCUACAAUUCCUGUGAGGAGAAAUAAAAAGGAAGCUCCAAAACCUGAAAUACCACAGGAUAACUCUUCAAAAAGGGGCCGUGGAAGAGGUCGUGGUCAGGAUGGUGUAGGAAGAGGUCGUGGUCGUGGUCGAGGUAGACUAGAAGCCGAAGUUACUGCGUCUGGUCCCUUUGCUCUUGGUCCAGCACAGAGAGGUGCAAUUCAAGCUCCACGUAGAAUGGGAGAUUUCACAGCUACUAUUAAACAUGAAACAGAGGAUAUGCUGUUUGAUGAUGCAAUCGAAGAUGGUCAAGACAGCUCGGUGGUGUUUUCUGGAGAUAUUUUUUCCCCGCUUACAAUAGAUCAUAACAAGAAUCUACGACGUAUUUUCAAAUCUGAACGUUCUGCUCAAGAACAUGUAGCUCGUUCUAAACUAAACUCUGAGCAUGUUGACGAUGAUAUAUUGACUAUAGAAGACCCUCUAUCUACGCCAAUGGAGCUUGAUGAAAAUGAAGACGAAAACGAAAACGUUGAAUAUACGGUAGACGGAGAAGUUGAAGAUAACAUCAAAUCGGAACUUGCGAUUGGCGAUUUGCUGUUUUUCCAAUUUCCAUUAAUGCUCCCCAAAAUGGCUGACGAAGACGCUACUACCACCACGGUAGAAGGUGAUGCAUUUGCUUCCAAUUCUAGAUCUGAAAGUGCACGAUCACAGCCAUCAACACAGACCCAAUCACAGCCUAAACAUCAAUUUGCAGGAAAGGCAGGACAGUUUAUUGUGCGAAAAUCUGGUCGCACCACUCUGAUGAUUGGCGGUGUCGAGUUUGAGGUCAAACAUACACCAGUAAUUAAUUUUACACAGAGUGUGACAUAUAUAGAUCAAGAGAUUAACAGUCUCUAUUUUUUGGGCGAUGUGCAAAAUCGAUUUGUAUGCUCUCCCAGCGUCAAUUCACUCAUAGGCUAAUUAAAAGUACAAAUUAAACAAU